AUGGCUUUUUUCAGCCAGAUCCCCAGUCGUUUUUGUCGUUGCUGCCUCGCCGAGAAAGCUUUGGGCAACACCGAUCGCUUGGUGCUGGCGGUUGCGCUGGGCGUCGGCUUCGGAUCUUCAGUGGCUUCCUGCGUCCUGAUGUCUGGCAGGGACGCCCCGGCGGGCCACCAGGGGCUUGGGACGGGAUCCGGCAUCACCGGCAUUCCAGGUUAUGGCUUCUGCUUGGUUCUGACCUUGUUGGCUGAUGAGGCCACUGUGGCCAUCGCCUGGGAUGUGGCUGGCGUGACAAAUGGCCCCGUCACCACCUCGGUGGUGGUCUCCAACAGUGCCCUGGCCCUGGAGUUGUUGUUCCUUGGGCGCUAUCCUGGCGGUCUUGGUGAGCGGGGUGCUCCGCUCCGGAGCAGCUUGGCGAGGGGGGAGAGGUCGUGCGAGAACCUGGACAUGGACGGCGCCUUGUCUCCGAAAAAUCCUUCGUUGCCGAUGAGAUGCGAAGCAUGCUGUCGAGUGAAAAUGCGAUGGCUGAUCGGUGAACUCUCGGAGAUGCGAUGGCUGCUGGAGUCCAAUGAGGAAGCGAUGCUGCGCUUGAUGGCCAAAGGUAAAGGUGGUGGUAAAGGUGGCAAAGGUGGUAAAGGCAAGGGCGGCAAGGGCGGCAAGGGCGACCGAAAGGGUGGGCCUCCCAGCAGUGAUGAACUGCCAGAAACGAGGCGCGUCGAGCUGUGUGCAGAGCUGGAUGAAUUCGUCGCGAGCUCCAAGACGCAGCUGCAGAUGUCCAGCAGCAUCACUGGACUUGAGCGGAAGUUCCUGCAUGAGCAGGCUGAGCUUCGAAAUUUAACCACACAAUCCUUUGGGCAAGGACGAGAGCGAUAUAUUUGUAUCUUCAAGGAGGUCGCCGUGGCGCCAGUGCUCAGUGAGUUUGCUGCCACCGAAGGUGGCAGCUCAGGGGCGGUGUCGUACUCUGCGGUCUUUUUGGAUGAAGAGAGCCAGCAAAAGAUCAUUGACUUUUGCAGGAGGACGGUUCCUGGUGGUAUUCCUCAUCGCUGGAAGAUGUAUUGCGACCAUAUGACCAUUUGCGUUGGCGCUUUGAGCAAUCCCAAGACCGAGGACUUUCGCUCCGUAGCCGGCAAUGUCCAGCAGCAGAUUUCCAGAUACCAGGAGGGCCAAAACUUCGAGUUGAAGGUGGUCUCCUUCGGUCACAACGAGGAUGCCAUCGCCGUGGGCGUCCUGGGCUGUGUGUCCUGCAACCGGAAUCCCCACGUUACGGUGUCGACAGCUCCGCAUGCGGCACCAAGCACCAGCAAUUUGAUCAAGAAGUGGACCAUGCUCUCCUCCAAUGAUCAGUUCACGGUCACUGGGCAGCUGUGGCAGCAGGGCGGGAAGCAGCGCAAGCAGCGCGGGGCCGCUGCUGGCAGUGCAGAGGCGGCUGAGGCGAAUUUGGCCGAUGCGACUGCCACGGGUGGAGCUACAUCUUCGUUUGUCUCGCAUCACUGGCAUCAGAAGAAGUUCAAACUGGGCAUGGUGAAGGCAGCCACAGGUGUCACUUGCCCAGAUGGACAGUGGUUUGGUUUGGGAAGCAAGAAAAAGUAUUACUACGACGGGUUUGAACCGCUUCCGGAUGGAUUAAGAGACAAUGUGGCUCUGAUGUUAGAGUAUUCCAAAGACGAUGCCACGACCUUCGUGUUUGAAGAAGUUGGAAAGACGAAAGGAGGAGAUUUGGUAAAUCCACGCACUCUCCAAGGUGGCGUUAUCGUGGAGGCUUCUGUACCGGUCUACAGUUUCCACACGGACCAGGAGAGUCCCAGCUGGGUGGGCGAACUGGAUGAGGGCCCUGGCCCUGAGUACUACGUGAGAUUCCCAGGACCGACCUAUUCCAAGUUCGCCUUUCUCCCUCUGGAGCCCGAUAGCCGCCGGCCCACAUCUUCUGGAAGACCACCCCCGGGCUUAAAUCCUGGGGACUGCCUCUAUGGCAUGUACCACAUGGACAAGACGGAGGACAGUGAGUACUUUCACUUUUGGAUGGGAGGUGACUGGUGCGUCUACCUGAUUGAGAAUCAACUCUGCCGUGCCAGCGAUGAAUGCUAUCCCCCGUUUCGUUUCAAAGUGGCGCUUCUGGGCGAGCACGUGCGCGUGAUCCAAGUGGAGAUCCUUCGUUGCGGCGAGGCCAGUGUUGCAGUGACCUGCCAAAACGUCUCGGGCGAGGUGGUCGCUGAGUUGAAGUUGGCCGAAAACGCCACUCUGGGCAGCUUGCGGAAGCAGAUCGACGAGGAGGUCAGCCUCUCCUUGCUGAACAUCAGAAGUGGGAAAGUCUUGGAACCUGCGGAGGAUGCCACACCGUUAACUGACCUGGCAGAGUGAGAGCGUACAUUGGAACAUGGUUCCACAUGGGAGAAAG